CCGCUUCCGCUUCUGUCCUAUGAUGUGGAGAAAUUGUCCCGGAUAGGAAGGAAGGAAGAUGUGGGGAGCAGCACCGAUUGACUCCAGAGAGCCUGUCCUUAUUAUUCACCUCCUUCCUCCUCCUUCUCUUUCCCCUUUAGGUUAACAUACUAUGCUAUAACUCCCCGGAGAAUUAAAGGCGUCUCCUUCCUUCUCUAACGGAGAACAUGGCUGUGUUAAAGAUACAAGAACAGCCAUCGUUGCUAAGAGCCAUCUUCAACCUGGACCCAGAUGAAGUGCGCUCUCUCAUUUUUAAGAAGGAGGAUGUUAACAUUCAGGACAAUGAGAAGAGGACACCUCUCCAUGCUGCAGCCUAUCUGGGAGAUGCUGAGAUCAUUGAACUGCUCAUACUUUCAGGAGCCCGAGUUAACGCCAAAGAUAACAAGUGGUUGACGCCUCUUCACCGAGCUGUUGCUUCUUGUAGUGAGGAUGCAGUGGCAGUGCUUCUGAAGCACAGCGCCGACGUCAACGCUCGUGACAAGAACUGGCAGACGCCGCUCCACGUUGCAGCGAGCAACAAAGCGAUUCGCUGUGCCGAGGCUUUGGUCCCACUUCUCAGCAACGUCAAUGUUUCGGACAGAGCAGGACGCACUGCUUUGCAUCACGCUGCCUUUAGUGGACAUGUAGAGAUUGUGAAACUGCUCCUAUCCAGAGGAGCUAACAUCAACGCAUUUGAUAAAAAGGACCGGAGGGCCAUUCACUGGGCAGCCUACAUGGGUCACCUGGAGGUGGUGAAGGUUCUAGUGGCCAGUGGAGCUGAGGUGGACUGUAAGGACAAAAAGGCUUAUACCCCUCUUCACGCCGCUGCCUCCAGUGGGAUGAGCAGCACAGUGCACUACCUGCUGAGCCUUGGUGUCCCUGUAAACGAUGUCAACACAUAUGGUAACACACCGCUGCAGUUAGCCUGUUAUAAUGGACAGGAUGUGGUGGUCAGUGAACUCAUCGAGAGAGGGGCCAGUGUGAAUCAGGUGAAUGAAAGAGGGUUUUCUGCUCUCCAUUUUGCUUCUUCCUCACGACAGGGGGCGCUCUGUCAGGAGCUCCUCUUGGCCCAUGGAGCUCACAUUAACAUGCAGAGUAAAGAUGGUAAGACUCCACUACACAUGGCAGCUACACAUGGACGGUUCUCCUGUUCUCAAGCCUUAAUUCAAAAUGGAGCUGAGAUUGACUUCGAAGACAAAAGCGGGAACUCUGCUCUUCACAUUGCUGCUCGCUACGGCCACGAACUCAUCAUCACAGCGCUUGUCAAACACGGAGCCAGCACCACCAAGAAAGGAAUUCAUGGGAUGUUCCCGCUACACUUGGCAGCUCUCAGCGGUUUCUCAGACUGCUGCAGGAAACUGCUGUCCUCAGGGUUUGACAUAGACACCCCUGAUGACUUUGGGAGGACCUGCCUUCACGCUGCUGCAGCCGGAGGGAACCUGGAGUGUCUCAACCUGUUGUUAAACAUAGGAGCGGACUUUAACAGGAAGGACAACUUUGGGAGGACUCCACUACACUAUGCAUCAGCCAACUGUAACUACCAGUGUGUGUUUGCCUUGGUGGGCUCCGGUGCAAGCAUCAAUGAGCUGGACCAGAGAGGCUGUAGCCCCCUGCACUAUGCUGCUUCUGCUGACACUGAUGGAAAAUGUGUGGAGUACCUGCUGAGGAACAACGCUGAUCCCUCAGUCAGAGACAAACAGGGAUACAGUGCUGUGCACUACGCCUCCGCCUACGGACGCACGCUGUGUCUGGAGCUGAUGGCAAGUGAGACACCUCUUGAUGUGCUAAUGGAAACUUCAGGAACAGACAUCCUUAAUGACUCAGAAACCCAAGCUCCCGUCAGUCCACUGCAUCUGGCGGCGUAUCACGGACACUGUGGAGCUCUGGAGGUCCUGCUGGCCUCUCUGUUGGACGUAGACGUCAGGAGCCCCGAGGGUCGCACCCCGCUGAGCCUGGCCUGCUCCAGUGGUCACCAGGAGUGUGUCUCUCUGUUACUCCACCAUGGGGCCUCACCUAUGACUCAUGACUACACACACAAAAAGACAGCCAUACAUGCUGCAGCUACGAAUGGCCACCCCGAGUGCCUGAGCCUGAUACUGAGCCACAACGACCAACACAUUGACGUAGACGUGCAGGACGCCAAUGGACAGACCCCCCUGAUGUUGGCAGUGCUGAAUGGACACACAGAGUGUGUGUACUCACUGCUGAGUCAAGGAGCCAGCGUGGUACAGCAGGACCGAUGGGGGAGGACGGCACUUCACCGAGGGGCAGUUACAGGUCAGGAAGAGUGUGUGGAGGCUCUGCUGCAGCGGGGGGCCAGUGUGUGUGUCAGAGACAUACAGGGCCGUUCCCCUCUCCACCUGGCGUCGGCCUGUGGUCGCGUGGCCGCUCUGGGCGCUCUGUUGCAGGCAACGUCCACGCCUAACACUGACACACACCUCACAGACAACCAGGGCUACACGCCACUGCACUGGGCCAGUUACAACGGUUAUGAUGCCUGUGUUGAAGUGCUGUUGGACCAGGAGGUGUUCAGGAAGAUUAAGGGCAACUCAUUCAGUCCACUCCACUGUGCCGUUAUGAACGACAAUGACAGUGUGGCUGAAAUGUUAAUCGACUCCCUGGGCACAGCGAUAGUCAACGACACUGACUGUAAGGGCAGGACCGCGCUUCAUGCUGCAGCUUUCUCCGACCACGUCGAGUGUGUGUCCCUCCUCCUGAGCCACGGGGCUCAGGUGAACGUAGUGGACAACCACGCGCACAGGACGCCGCUGAUGAUGGCAGCUCUAAACGGACAGACCAAUGCUGUGGAAGUGCUGAUGAGCAGUGGUAAAGCUGAUUUAGUGCUACAGGACACACACAGGAACACAGCACUACACCUGGCCUGCAGCAAGGGUCAUGAGACGAGUGCCUUGUUGAUUCUGGAGAAAAUCAAUGACAAGAAUCUUAUCAACUGCACCAACACUGCUCUGCAGACGCCUCUGCAUGUGGCGGCCAGUAAAGGACUGACGGUGGUGGUCCAGGAGCUGCUGAGGAAAGGAGCCAGUGUGUUAGCAGUGGAUGAGAAUGGUUACACUCCAGCUCUGGCCUGCACCCCCAACCGUGAUGUGGCCGACUGCCUGGCCCUCAUCCUCAACUCCAUGAUGCCCACCUCGCCCAUGGUCACCAUAGCGGCAUUACCUGCCUUUUCUUUACCUCACACAGUCAUCAACCACCACCUGAACUCCAACCACAUCUCCAAAGGGGUAGCCUUCGAUGCUCUGCCCCCCCUGAGACCUGACCACGCCUCCUACUGCAGGCCUCAGCGCCCGCUGUGCUCCAUCUCCGCGGACGAAGAGAUGAAUGACUCGGACUCAGAGACGUACUGAGAGCUGUGAGAGAAACAGCGUGGGACAGAUAACCACAGCUCAGGCUGGAGAAUUAGGCCACUCAGGAACCUCAGCAGCAGCGGAACAGGAACGAAAGUAUGGCCAAUUGAUUUAAUUUAAUUAUUUUUUAAGUGUAUACACUAUGUUUUUAACCAUAACUGGAAAAGCAUGUAGUGCAGAAAAUCUCACAGGACAGUUUGAAUGGUCUGAAAGAAGAAAAAAGAACAACAGUACAGUGAGGGACCAGGUGAUAGGACUGUUUAAAAUAUAUAUAUAUAUAUAUAUAUAUACUUUAAAGUUUUAUUUCAGUUUCUUGUUGUGGCAGAUACUGAGGUCGAAACACUUUUUAAAGAGAGGACAUGAUUUUUGUCAGUUUUUAUCUGAGCAGGUGAAAAACUGAAACAGCGAGCAGGUCAGAUUUAAAACCCUUUUACCAUAUGAUCACUUCAGGAGACACAUGACUGAUGGAGCAAAAGGAGAUACUCUUAACCUGCAGAGCUGUACAAAUACUUCUCUGUGUACUGUACUAGAGAAAGGAGAGAGUGGCUGACACUGUGCUUCCACAAUAUGUGUGAAAAAGAGAGUGUGUGUGUGAGAGAGAGAGAUGGGGGGAGGAGGCAGAAAUUUAUGUAAUGCUGUCUUUUAAGGAACACAGACAGGAUCGAAACUAAUUACUUGGUGACAUGUUUAUUAGGAAGUAAAAAAGGAAAAAAAAAACAUUUGCUUUGACUUAUUUUUGCACUCUGUGUCCCUGACACGUACACGUGUUCUAGAUUAAUGCACCACAGAGGAGAAUGCAUUUUAAAUAAAGGCUAACUUUGUGUCACUAAUGUACAAGAUUAGAAUAUGUUAUAAAAUGACGCCCGCCGCGGUGCUUCAAAGAAACUAACUGACGACUUACGAAAGGAAUCGUGAGGUCACUGACGGAAAAUAUGUUUUCCUGAUUUAUUAAUAUUUUGUUUAUAUAUGUACAAAAUUGCCAACUGUGUGACAAUAGGUUUUUAUCCCGUUUACAAGGUGUGUACAGUAACCAAAGACCUGGAAAUGUUUAGGAAAUUUAAAAUGUAUGUUCAAAGCCCUUUAAAAGUUAAUGAAAAGUAACCUUUUCUGUGAAGGAGGACAGUACACUUUUUCAAAACCUGGAGCUUAUCGAGUUACAUGGAUUAUUAAAAUAAUUAAAUUAAAGCAGUAAUUUCCAUUAGAGUACUUUUAAUAUAAGUAAUUUAGCCCACUUAAAAUGAAAAAGACAUAAAUCUUGUUGUUCAUCAGAUGUGUAGUAUGUUAUAUGAGAGCAUCCUGCAUUUGACCUAGGUGAAGUCCAGUUGUGGUCUGGGUGAGGGUUUUGCUCUGGAGGAAAUGAGGCAUAUGCGCCUGACAUAACACUUACUAGUACCUGUAAAAAUUUAAAACACAUGCACAUUUUGGUACAAGAAGACAAGUGGAUGUACAAUCAAAUUGACUGAAAAAUCAUACAUAUAAUAAAACUUUCCAGAACGCAA